AUGGCCGGCUCGGCAGCCCAAGCUCCCACGCAAGCCGGCCGCCUUACGAGGCCAAUUCCCACGGCGCUCGUGCCUGCGGCCGUGGUGCUCGCCGUCGUCGUGGCCGUCCUGUCCCUGCUGCCCUCCGUGGCCCAGGCGGUGUGGGAGCUGCCCCACCUCUUCCUCCUCGGCCUCGUCAUCUCCUACGGCGUCUUCGCGCAGCACAAGAACGGCGCUGCCGCGGCCGACGGCGGCGAUGCCGCCACCAAGGACGGCGCCCGGGCGUGGAACUCUCGGUACCACCCCGACGACCCGCUCGUCGUGGUCGCGCCCGACCACGCGGCGGGUGAUGACGGGGACGGCGGCGCGGGCGGGAGGCCGUUCUCCUUGCCGGUGCGGAGGCUCAAGACGGUCGUGGAAGAGUCGACCGAAGCCAGUGGCGCCAGCGGAGAGAGCGUCGGCGAAGAGACGGACAGCUCCGAGUCCACGGCAGGAUUCUGGGCCGGCGCGCCCGCCGCUCCAUCGCCGCCCUCUGUUCUUGACGCCUUUGACUCGCGGAAGUUCAAUGCCGCGACGCCGCCGUCAGACGUGUCCAAGGGGUUCCCCGGUUACGAUUCCGCGUCGCCUCGUGACCAGUCGUCGUGUAACGAGGAGGAGGAAGAGGUGGAGGAGGAGGAGGAGGAGGAGGAGGAGGGCACCGAUUGGGAAGAGGAUGCGGAUGGGUCGGAUGAGAUGAACGCCGCGUCGUCGGAAAGGUCGUUCCCCGGCGACUUCGUUGCCUGCCGCAACCGUCGCUACGACGGCAGCGGGGAUGGCGAGUCUAUGGACGAGGAACUUGUCGAGCUGGCCACCAGGCCGGGACCGGAGGGGGCGGACGAGGUGGACAGGAAGGCCGACGAGUUCAUCGCCAAAUUCAGGGAGCAGAUCAGGCGGCAGAGGUUGUAG